AUGGAGUCUGGCUCCGCAGCCAGUACAGACACCGGCAAGCAUGUCAUCCCUGGCAAGGGAGAGCUCCAUCUAGAGAUCUGCCUCAAUGACCUGCAGCUGCUGCACAUAGAGGCAUGGCCGCUGGAGAAGGACCUUGCCAAGGCGAUUGACAACAAGCUCAUCGGCUCCAAGGAUGAGGUCAAGGUCCAUGCCAAGGUCCUAUUCAAGGAGUUCGGUUGGGACAAGGACCUGGCUAAGAAAAUUUGGUGCUUCGGUCAUGAGGCAACUGGCUCCAACAUAUUCAUGGACAUGUGCAAAGGUGUCCAGUAUGUGGGUGAGAUCAGGACUCGGUGGUCACUGGCUUCCAGUUGGCCUCCAAGGAGGGUGUGCACGCUGAAGAGAGCAUGCAUGGUGUCUGAUUUAUGCUCCGCGAUGUCGUAG